AUAGAGUUUGUUUAUUAGUUGGAUUUAUUUCCUUCUGCCUGCAGAUGAAAACUGAUGGUGAGUUAAACACCAGAGGAGUCUGUUGUAAGCAGCAGUUCAGCGCUGAUAUAAACUGGAGGGCUAGUUUGAGCUUUACAGAGGGAUCACCCAAAGAUGCCACGUGCACUGAGUCCUUCUGCACACUGUGCUAAGAUGCAGACUGCACUGAGCACAUGGACUCCUAUGAACCACCCGCUGUCCAACAGUAAGGUGUUUGAAGAGAGGCGGAACCUUCUGGCAAAGUGGUUUGACAAGUGGUCUGACAGCCAAAGGAGGGCAGUGCUGCAGGACUUUGUGCUGAGCUGUUCCAUACAUCAGCUGAGGUUCCUGAGCCUCAGUGUGAGCAGACGGCUCCCCCUGCAGGCCGCAGACUUCACCUGCCUGCUUCCCAGAGCACUCUGCCUCUAUCUCUUCUCCUUCCUGGACCCACGCAGCCUCUGUCGAUGUGCUCGGGUGAGCUGGCACUGGAAGAGCAUCGUGGAACUGGACCAGCUAUGGAUGCCAAAGUGUGCGAGGCUCGGCUGGAGUAUCACCUUCUUCCCCACACCAUUGGAGCAGGGUGUCUGGAAGAGACACUACAUCCUGUCUGUGCAGGAGCUGCGACUCACCUCGCUGCAGACUGGUGUGUCCCAGCAGCAGUAUGUAUCAGAUGUCAGCAGUAGACCUGAAGCUCCGUCGGAGGUGGAUUUAGUCAGUACAGAGCGUCCAGCAUCGAGCACCCAGCCAAUCAGAAGCAUCGUCAGGAAGAAGCAGCUGACUGCACCUCCACCAUGGAGAGACUCUGACCGACAUCCUAAAGACACACUCCGCUUCAACUACUUAGACAACACAGAACAAGCACAAGUGGAAAUGAAAAUCAGAGCCUCAACCUGCAGCACUAACAUGUGGAAGCCAUCCGACGGGAGCAAGACAUCACUCUCUGAGGCAAACUACAAACUACGCAAAGCUAAAUCGCUGAUGUUUCUCAGCUCUAACUACAACUCCCAGCAUCCUCCUCUUCCUCCUUAUGAGACCCAAUCUCGACCCUCUUUGGCAGCUAGCAGUCAUGACCGCCCCAUCACCAAGGAGACCACCAAGAACAUGCUGCGUCUGGCCCAGUGGAAUGCUGGGAUACGUCCGGGGCCGGUGAGGACGGCGGUGCCCCAGCUGAGUGCGGAGGCGCUCAGGGCGUCCCAGCGAUCCCACCGGAGUGCUCCCAGUAAACCAUUGUUUCAGACGUGGACUGCUACUCCGUCAUACACACAAGGAGGUGAAGGGUGAAGGACAUCAGCACCAUCAGGACGACAUCCGGCUUCCAGGACAAGAUUCAGAGCUGCAGCUCUUGUCAGAAUGUAGCGUUAUAUAAAGUAUAUUAAACAUGUACUGCAUAGAAUCCAAGCAGAAACCUCUGUUACAAAAUAA